UUGAGAUGGCAUGGUUCGGGCGAGAUCCCCCCAAUACAGUCAGAGCAUGGGGCCACAAGUUUGUGCUCACAGACGAGCAUCUAACGCUGGAACAAAUGAAUCCGGCAAAACACACAUGGGAUUAUCUUGGUGAAAGAGCGUUAAAUCGACUAAACGAAAUAUCGCCGCCACCACCGCCACGCAGCAUAUCCAANAAAUCAGAAGGAAAGGAGCCUUUUCCAGAUGAUGAGAAGCAGCCGGCACCGGAUGUAAAACCUAAGAGAGAUUUGUAUGCGUUGCUUCGCGAUCAUGCUGGAGAGGAUGAAGUCUUGCAACAACUGUGGCAGCAGGUGAACACGGUACCAGAUUGGGUGGACUGGAAUCAGAUUGCCCGUGGACAGGAUGUCUUCUACAGAUACGGUGGACCCGUUCUUACUGGACUGGCGUACCAAUCUCUUCUCGGUGGACUUGGUGCAGCUCGAGUAACUGAGGUUCUGUCACGGACGGGUGGGUUCGCAGUUGAUGUGGCGAGGAAUCGUCUCUUCGAAACCACACAAUACCUUCUUCAAUGCACAAGGUCACUGGCAGACAUACAACCUGGUGGCGAGGGGUGGGCAGCUACAAUACGAGUACGACUGUUGCAUGCAACAGUACGGAAUCGCAUCAUGAAGCUGGCAGAAACACGGCCGGAAUACUUCGACACAGCGAAACUGGGAGUUCCCAUCAACGACAUGGAUUGUGUUGGCACGAUUGUCAGCUUUUCAAGUGCGCUCAUCUGGAUCUCAUUACCUCGACAAGGCAUCUAUCUCCGUCCACAAGAGAUUGAGGAUUACACUGCGCUGUGGCGGUACAUAGCGUAUGUGAUAGGAUGUCCAACCGAGGGCCUCCUGGAAACAAAAGAACAGAGCAAGCGUAUCCUGGACUGCAUCAUGAUGCACGAGAUUGCGCCAACACGCACAUCACAGAUCCUCGCAAACAACGUAAUCAGAAGUCUGCAAGACAAAUCGCCAGGCUAUGCAUCAUCAGACUUCCUGCUCGCGGGAGCUCGAUGGUUGAAUGGCAACGAACUGUGCGAUGCUUUGGCACUUCCCAAGCCAAGCAUGUACUACUCGGCUCUGAUGGCUGGCCAGUGCAUCUUCUUCGGCUUCUGGUGCUACACAAACCGCAUGAACAAGUCAACAGACCAAAAGAAGUUGGUGGUAUUGCGAGAUAUCUUCUGGAAGAUCAUCGUCAAAGGAGGAUUGAAAGGAAAGGAAACGACCUUCGACUUCAAAUAUGUGCCCGAGUACAGUAUCAUGACCGAGAUGGGUGGAGUCGAGGAAGUUAAGUUGUCCAAAUCCGAGCUCGAGAUGGCCAGCCUGAAAUGGUUGCUCAUGGGUGUCGCUGUUGUGUCAGUGGUCGGACUCGUGAUAACUGGAGUUGGCUGGGCAGGAGCGCGUAUAGCAACUUGGGGUAUCAAGAGUGCUUGGAACCUCUUG